GGAGAAUACACUAGGGAACAAAGUUUGCCUCUGGAGAAGGACCCAGGAGCAACAGAGAAUAAGCUGGUGCUCUCUCAUUCAAUGCUCUUCCACAAAGACUGCUGCAGAAAGGAAACAUUACCUCUGUCCUAAGCGAGAGGCUUCAUGCAAAGCAAGAAAUGGAUACUACAAAACCAUAUGGAUUUUUCCUAGCCAGCUUCCUUGUCUACAUGCUCUUGGAGGAUCUCACUGAGGCCUGUAGAUGUACGCCACCAAGUCUCCGGAAAGCAUGUUGCGAACAUAACUUUGUGAUGAGGGUGGUAUUUUUGGGUGUCCAGCGGGAUCCUGACUCUCCUCCGUAUUUGCAGAUGAAUAAAUUUUCUGUUCGGGUUAUUCAGGUAUUCAAGGGUGCAAGGAGAGCAGUAAAUGCACGGAUUCUCUACUCGCCAGAAUCAGUGUUUGACUGUGGAUAUAUACAUCAAGGCCCUUUCCAAGAAGAUGACUACCUAAUUUCAGGGACAUUUAAUGGAAUUUAUGCUGAUAUCGCAAAGUGCAGCUUUGCAAAACCGUGGGCUCAAGUAAGUGAAAGACAGAAAAUGAACCUCUACGGUUUCGCUGGUAGGGACUGCAGUGAAAUUUGUUGAAAGGUAUAAACUUCAGGGCCAUCGCUGUCAAUAUGCUAAU